AGUUGGUGCUCAAUAGAACUAAUAGGAGCUGGCAGGGUGAAAAAAUGCCCUAAAAUAAAACCUGUUUUUUUCGCGAUUACUACAAAACUACCGCAAGUAUUUGGGACAGAUUGUAAUAUUAUGAAACUGGGCUCUACGGCGGAUGCAAUGAACUACUUAUCAGGGGAAAAAAGCGUUAAAAAUGUCAUGUGUCCAGCCUACCUCGAGUAAACAAAUAACUUACGUCCUGUUCUCUCUGAUGUGCGGUCCAGAAAUGAUUAGCUAGUUACUCUAUUUCUGACACGUGCAGAAUCGGAUUUAUGGCGCUACAGUGUUAGCGGAGAAAUAUAUAAUGUAUAUAUCGCGCUAGCUACUAACGUUAUUUCUCUCUUCUUGCCCAUGUGAAAUUAUAACAUGUUUUAAAAGAAUAGUAACCGGUUAGCUAUUAAUAACCUCACUCAAUUAUAUUUUACCAAUAGUCUCCAGUAUUGAUUCGCAAAAUGACAACUGUUAAUAGUCGUCAGAUUCUUGCACGUGCGGAGCCCAGCUAAUUUAACGUUAUUGAUUUAGCUAACUUACCGUUACUGUUCCUCGGCAUGUUUUAACGGAAAAUAGCUAGCCAAACAGUUAAUGCCCACUACAAAACGUUGUAAUAUCUAAUUUAUAUGUAUAACAUUCAACUAUAUAUUUAUAACUUACUUUUCUAUCUCGGUGGCGUUAUAAGUCUCAACAACGAAUCUUUACUUAACGUUCGCUACAUUAAAACAAGCGUUGAAGUCCUUCUCCAAAUCACCUCCAGUCGAACGUCUGCAACUCAUUUUGAACCUAAUUUGAAAAUGAUGACGAUCAAUUUUAUUGACGUUACUAAGCCAUCUGACAGACCAAGAAACGCGACUUUGAAAAUCCCAUCUCGAGACUUGAUCCCACCUACUCGGCUCACUUGCCUCCCAUUGGAAACGGCAGGAUGUGGUCUAUCUUAGUGGUCUAUCUUAGUAAAACAUAAUUGGUUGUGUACCAUAUUAGUGAGUGUAGUGUGGUAGGGUAUUUAUUAAUUAAAUUUUUCAAGCAAAGUAUAAGGGAAUUGUACUCCAGUCUGGUAGGUGGCGGUAAUGCAACAAAUUGGUUGCGCGUCAUACACACACCCACUCAAUUGAGGAAGGAAGGCAGAAGGGAGGUUACAGUUGAAACUGCAGUCAACGGCUCUACAAAAAGGCACAUUUUACCUGUUUAUAAACUAAAGUUUUGUGUUGGGUUCAACAAAUCUACAAAUAAUAAAGGUAAACCGUCAAUCAGAAAGGAAGAGUAUCUCUGGGCAACUGUCAGCGUAUAAAAAGGAGCAUUUUGAAGAAAGCGAAAGUAAAAACUUUACGCGUUUUCUGAAGGGGCCUGCAGUUUCGACAGCGACACCAUGGCUGAAUGUGGUUGGGAUGAGGAGAUGUCAGAGGGUCCAUCCCUCCUCCAGGAGGACCUGACCUGUCCGGUCUGUAAAGAGCUCUACCGGGGGCCCGUUCUUCUUUCUUGCAGCCACAGCUUCUGCAAGGAGUGUUUGGAGAAAUGCUGGGAGGGGCCUGGGCAGAAGUGUCCCGUGUGCAGGAAGAGCUGUGACGGCGAGCAACCAAUAUCCAACCGGGCGCUGAUGGAUGCGACGGAGUCGUUUCAGAAGGAGAAGCGCUGGCGGGGACCGAACGCAUUCAGUAACGUGCCUCUUUGUAACCUGCAUCGGUUGGCGUUUCAACUUUACUGCGUAAAGGACGAGGAGCCCGUGUGCGUCGACUGUGUCCCUCUACAUCGGGCUCACGAGCUGCUGCCACUCAACGAGGGGACGCGGUUGUGUCAGGAAGAACUGACCAUUAAAGUCAACAUAUUGGAGGAGAAAGUGGAGACCUUCAAGAGAAUGAAAAAUAAAUACUCUAACACAGUUGAUUUCAUGAAGAGCCAGGCCGAGCAGGCAGAGAAGCAGAUUAAGGCAGAGUUUGAGAGGCUCCGUCAGGUGCUGUGUGUAGAGGAGGCUGCCAGGCUGAAGGCCCUGGCAGACGAGGAGGAGGACAAGAGAUCCAGAAUGGAGGAAAGGAUCAGCUCCUUGACCAGUGACAUUGCUGCCCUCACUAAGCUGGUCCAAACAGUAAAGCGGGAGAUGGGGGCGGAGGAUUUAACCUUCUUGCAGAACUUCCAAGCCUUAAAGAAAAAAGCCCAGUGGCCUUGUGAAGACCCCCAGAAUCCCUCAGAUGCUCUCCUGAACAUGGCCAAACACGUGGGCUGUCUGGGCUACAGCAUUUGGAAGAGCAUGCAGGCUCACGUCACAUGCAUCCCAGUGGUGAUGGACCCUAACACAGCCUCUCCCUGGCUUUCCAUGUCCCCAGACCUGGCCAGCGUACGGGACAGCCCAGAGCGCCAGUCCCUCCCGGACAACCCUGAGCGCUUCGACCCCUGUGUCUUUGUCCUUGGAGCUGAGGGCUUCCGCUCCGGCAAGCACCGCUGGGAGGUCCAUGUGGGAGACAACCCYAAGUGGAUCCUGGGAAUCUGUAAGGAGUCUGUGGCUCGCAAGAGGAAGUUCACCGUGUCCACAGACAGGGGCGUGUGGACCAUCGGGCUGAGCAAAGGGGUGUACAACGCCCUGACUGGCAAACGCACAGUGCUGGUCGUGGAGAGUCGGCCAGAGAGGGUCCGGGUCAAGCUAAACAUGGAUAAGGGGGAGGUGUCAUUUUUGGACGCAGGCAACGGUGGGAAGCACCUGUGCACCUUCACACACAAGUUUACAGAGAGAGUGUUCCCAAUAUUCGGUCCUGGGCUCCACACCACCCCGAUGGAGGUUAACCCGGCCAAGGUAACCAUUCAUACUGUGUGACAGGGCAGUGUGACAAUCACUACAGCUUGCUAAGUGUCUGGUUCAAUAGCCGAUGGGCAGUCGUAGUACUCGCUUGGAUAGACGUCACAUGUUAUGGUCAGAAGGUAGCCUAAUAUGUGCACUUGAAUAGAUGGGGCAUUCCACUGUUUCAGCUGUCAGGCUGGUGUGGUUGUAUUCUAGUGGUUUUACUGUGGCUAUAGGUUUGCGUUGAGGUUUGCAUCAAGGCCUUUUGUAUGGUCACAAUCAUCUUUGAAAAUGUGCCAUAGCAGUAUUCCUAUGCUUUCCAUAGGAUGUACAGUAUGCAGGCAUUUAUUACAUGAGGGAUUUUUUUGACACUGAUUUUCUUUAACUGGUAUGUUUAGAUUGCUGAGCUAUUAUACAUAGAGAUUUUCUAGGACUAGAGGGGUUCCAGUGGUAAGAACGUAUUUUCUGUCAAAUUUUGCUGCGUUCUGAGAUUUAUUGAUAUGUUUGCUGAUUUAAUUAUGUAUCGGUAUGGAAUUAUGUGAAAAAACUAAAAAUGUUAUGUCACAUGCGCCGAAUACAACUGGUGUAGACUUUACCGUGAAAUGCUUACUUACCAGCC